AUGCCAGGUGCGGCGCGCGGCGCUUCAGACGUCAUUGACGUCAUGAGAGGCGAUUCGGGGUCUCCAGGAGUGGGAUAUCGCCGGCCCCAGCGCAAAAGGGUGAAAACGACGAGGGCGAUGGAAGCAAUGCAACAAGAAAACAAUAUGGACUGGGAGGAGGAAAACAACAGUGAGAGAAUGUUGAGAAACCACAAAAACCGCACAAUUCGGGCCGCAGCGGCCGAGAGAGCAGGAGAGGGAAUCCAGGGCCAAGAGCAACCCGCGAACUGCAACUUCGAAAACAAAUUGGACAUUAUCAAAACGGAAUUUCAGCUUCAAUUCGAAAAGCUCAGGGAUCACAUGGCAGAAGAAAUGGCCAAAAAGACGGCCCAGUUGACCGAAGAACUGUCGCAAGCGCGAGAGCAACUCAUCCAAGCCCGCCGCGAGCUCGAGGACACCAGACUGCAGCUCCACGCUAUGAACGAGGCUCAGGAAGCCCCUCCGGCUCGGCCGGCGUAUGCGGAUGUCGCCCGAUGUACACCUCCUACCAGCGGCCCUAGUCUGACAUCCUCCGCAAGCCGGACGACUACGCCAGAGCCAGCGUUCUGCACUGUAGACAUGGCUAAGGUACCGGAGGAACACGUCGAAGAGGCUACACCUGUGGCCCUUCGCAAGCUCAUCGAGAACGAGAUGCGAGCGCCGGGAGACCAACCUAAGGCUUCUUCCACGCCAGAGGCGAAUCGGGAUACACGGGAGUCUUCGAACGCCGGACACGGCCGAACCAGUGCUACAACUGCCAGUAGAUUGGCCACAAAGCUUUCCAGUGCAGGAACCCUCAAGUGUGCGGAAUGUGCGCCUGCGAGGGCCACCGUCACAGCGAGUGCUCAGCAGCUAUACCGAAGUUCGUCCUUUGCGGAGGACCACAUGAAUCGUUCAGCAAGAAUUGCCGGAAGCUCUAUCCAUCUCGACAUGAGUAGGACGUUUCGGGUUAUCCAAUUGAACGUUAGAAAGCAAGGGGAGGUGCAUGACAGCCUAAUGAACGACGUGGCAAUCGAGGACGCUACCGUUAUCGCCAUUCAGGAACCCCAGGCGCGGAGGAUCCAAGGACGACUCCUAACAACCCCAAUGGAUCAUCACAAAUGGACCAAGAUGGUCCUGAGCACGUGGAAGGAAGGUAGAUGGGCUAUCCGGAGCAUGCUCUGGGUGAACAAAACCGUGGAAGCCGAGCAGGUGGUAGUGGACUCCCAGGACAUCACGGCAGCGGCUAUACGGCUCCCGGAGCGCGUAGUCCUGGUCGCGUCGGUCUACGUACCGGGUGGGGAUGCUGAGGCACUAAAGGACACCUGCGAGAACCUCCGCAGAGUGGUCGCAAAGACGAAACUGGGUGCAGGAACGACAGUCGAGGUAGUGGUUGCAGGUGAUGUUAACUGCCACGACCAACUGUGGGGGGGAGACGACGUCUCGCCCAUGAGACAAGGGGAAGCUGACCCCAUCAUCGACCUCAUGAACGAGCUGGUUCUGAGCACUCUACUCCCGAGGGGCACAAUAACAUGGCAAGCAGGUGGAUAUAGUUCGACUAUCGACCUGGUCCUAGCCUCGGAGGAACUGAGAGAAGCCGUGGGGACACCCACCGAGGGGGACGGUCCAGCAGAGAACGGACCGCCUGAUGUCCGCUGUCUCCGGCACGGUCCAUUCCCUCACUCCCAAAGCCCGGCCAUCGCCAUACGCAAAGCGAUGGUAGACUUCGGACCUGACGCAGUUACGUCACAUCUACACGUACUGGAGGAACUGCGCUCGCUCGGAACGCCGGGCAGGAUGGACCACAACCGAGAUCGAGGCUUCGCAAAGGGCGCAGCCAAACAAUACCACGAGGCUAUCCGGAAACAGAAGAUGAAGCACUGGAGCGAGUUCCUUGCGGACAACGACAACAUUUGGAAGGCUGCAAAGUAUCUAAAAUCCGGAGAUGACACUGUGUUUGGAAGGAUCCCGCAACUUGUUAGAGCAGAUGGUACAUCCACGGCCGAUCAUAGUGAACAGGCCGAAGAGCUCCUAACAAGAUUCUUCCCGGCCUUGCCCGAUAUGAUCGACGAUGAAGGUCCAAGACCGCAGAGGGCACCUAUCAUGAUGCCUACCCUUACGAUGGAGGAAAUCGAACGACAGCUGUUCGCAACGAAGUCCUGGCAGGCACCAGGGGAGGACGGUUUGCCGGCAGUGGUGUGGAAGGAGGUCUGGCAGGUGGUCAAGCACCAUGUACUGGCGCUCUUUCGUGCCUCGCUGGAGGAUGGGGCCCUUCCCAGUCAGUGGCGUCAUGCAAAGAUUAUCCCGCUCAAGAAACCAGGCAAAGAAGACUACACCGCCGCGAAGGCGUGGAGACCAAUCUCCCUCCUAGCAACGUUGGGCAAAGUGCUGGAGUCGAUGAUCGCGGAACGGGUGUCCCACGCGGUGGAGACCUACGGCCUCCUGCCCACCAACCACUUCGGCGCGCGGAAGCAGCGAUCAGCAGAGCAGGCGCUGGUAUUUCUACAGGAGCAGAUCUACACGGCCUGGAGAGGACAGAAGAUUGUCAGCCUCAUUAGCUUCGAUAUCAAGGGAACCCACAACGGAGUCUGCAAGGAACGACUGAGCACACGCAAGGGCACUGAAGCAAUCAUCGACCAAGCAUUAGAUUGGGAAAAGAGAAGCGGGGCGACAUUUGAAGCAGACAAGACGGCCGUCAUCCACUUUACCCGCAAGACCUACAAAGCCAACUCCGAGACCUUUACCAUCAAGGGUCAAGAUGUUCAGCCGAAAGACCACGUCAAAAUCCUUGGAGUGGUCAUGGAUGCCAAGCUCAGGUAUAAGGAGCAUAUCGCAAGAGCGGCCUCUAAAGGGCUCAGCGCGGCGAUGGAGCUGAAACGGCUCAGUGGUCUGUCUCCGGCUACGGCGCGGCAGCUGUUCACCGCCCUGGUCGCGCCAGUGGUGGACUACGCCUCCAGCGUCUGGAUGCACCAAUGCAAUUGGAAGACCACGCCGGCCAUACACAGGGUGCAGAGGGUCGCGGCGCAAGGGAUUAUAGGAACGUUCAGCACGGUAGCAACACGCGUAGCAGAUGCAGAAGCUCACAUCCCCACGGCUCAAGAUCGAUUCUGGAAGAGGGCGAUCAAGAUGUGGACGGACAUUUACACCCUACCAGAGACGAAUCCACUCCGCAACACCACUUCCCGGAUGCGCAAGUUCCGGAGAUCCUACCGCUCGCCUUUCUUUCAGGUAGUAGAUCUCCUUAAGGACGUCCCAUUGGAUAGCCUCGAAACCAUCGCCCUAGUCGUAUUAGCGCCAUGGGAGAGGCGAGUCCGCACUACGGUUGACGGAACAGGCAUUCAGCAAAAAGAGACAGAGUGGGCGGUCCAGAUCGCCGUAAGCAGCUUCGCACGGAACAACGUGGUAGGGAUCGGAGGAGUCGUCCGUCUCCCGCUACCGAUGCGAGACGACUCAAGGAACGAAGCCUUCAGUAUAACACUGGGCUCCAGCGAGGCCGGCGUACUUGCUCAGCUCAGAACAGGCAUGGCCAAGCUCAACACAUACCUGCGUCGUAUCGGAGCAGUACCUUCAGAUCAAUGCGCGUGUGGACAAGCAAGAGAAACAGUCGACCACUUCCUCUUCCGAUGCAAGCAAUGGGAUAAACACCGUACGGAGAUGCUGCAAUGUACAGAUGUCCACAGGGGCAACCUCUCCUUCUACCCGGGGGGAAGGUCGCCCUCGGAUGACAAGAGCUGGUCCCCCAACAUUAAAGCGGUGAUACACCUCGAAACCACACACACCACCAACGCUGGUCACGUGCCACGCUCGUUGUGA